CUCACGGCCAAUAUGGCCGCCCGCUUGUUAUUGAGGAUGUGUACCUCCUCAAUACUUCCAGGUUAGAGAUUGUAGGAAGCGAAGAUAUUGUCACCCUGAGUUUGGUUAUGUAUUCACCUUUGUGCAACUCGUAAUGUAACCGACUGGCUUCUUUGAGUUCGACGUGAUAUAAUUUUUGUACAAGGGAUUAACAAAUUUUAUGUUCCCUUGUGUUGUUGUAGCUCGUGGGUGUAAGUAUAGAUGUAAUGGACUUAAGUCCUCCGCCAUACGCCCUGGGAAUGCCAGUUUGCAAGAACAUCUUAUUAACAGAAUCAAGGUAUUAAUGGUUUGUUUGGUAAUGACACCCUUGGAUGCGAAUGUGCGUUAGUCAUAUGCAGAAUGGAAAUUCGCGGUAUUGAUCGAUAAUGGAACAUUCCAUUGAAAAUAUGCCUAUCAUUAGGAUGGGGCGGGGCGGGGAAAGGAGUGCGCAAGAAAAUGAUGGAAUGGCUCACAUCAUCAUUCUAAACUUGUGUUAGACUUUAAACUAUUACGUGUGUGUAAAUUUAUUUAUUUUCAACAUAAUAGGGACUCUCCUGUUUGAUUGUAAGCUUCUAUUGAUUUGAAAAGAGUAAAAGAGCAUUUAUAUCCAUUCUUUAUUUUGUACGUUGUUUUUGUGGCAAAGUCCAAAAGACACAUGUUAAAGUGGAUAUUGGCUAAAUCCUGGUAAACACAAACUCAGACAGACAGUUCAAUCCAGAAUCCACCAAACAAACCAUUCAGCUCUAUUUGCUCAAAGAAUAAAAAGAAAACUGUCCACAGGAUGAUUUGGGGAGAGGGGAAGGGUUUAUGACUCAGGCUGGUCUGUGCUUCCAAGCAGUGUAUGAUUUUUGUGUCUCAAGCCUUACACAGGGCAUGCAAUGUUAGGAUUUUACAUGUUUAAGAGGGGUAUCUCUAAGUCUUUCUGUGUGGUAGUACUGACAGUACACAGCCUUCAUGUGUAGUACAACAUGAAGGCUGCUACAAGAAAUUUUACUCUACUUGGAUAUGAAAGUUUUGAACCCUUCUUCCCUUUGCUAGGGAUGAUUCUCUAACUAGCCUGUUAGUGUUGAAAAAAGCCUGCACAUUGCAUUGGAUACCAGUUUUUAUCAUCCAACUGUGCAAAGUUGAGUACAAAUAUCCUGUGAUAUUUUACAGUUGGUUAUUUUGUACUGUUAAAAGAAAAACUGUUUAAGCAGUCACCUGUGCAUGCUACACUUCUCUAUCCUGCCCUAUGAGAAAUAAGCAGAAGUACUUGGCAGAAAAAGAAAAGCAGCUGGAUGAUAAAUAACUUAUCAGACAUGAUGGUGUGUAGAAUUGCCUGGUAUUUUUACUUUUUGUUUGUAUUUUGACUUGCCUACAGGGUUAUAAAAAUACUGCACAACUUGUGAAAACUCUUAGCUUCUCAUACUACACACCAAAUUGUCUAAUUAGAUAUGUUUAGAAAAGAUAUAGUUAAUCACUCUUCAAACAACUAACACAUAGUCAGUAGGUGGAUAUCCAAUCUUGUGUGCUAACCAUGACUAUCACAUACAUCAUUAGGCUACAGGACCACUGACAGUUGCUGCCUUCAUGCAAGAAGUUUUAACUAAUCCACUUUCGGUAAGUUUAGUCUUUUAGGUUUGCCUAUGGUUAUUUUGGAACAAAAUAUAACUGUUUGUUUUGAUAAUCUCUGACAUUUUGUGGAAUAAUAGUAAAUUUAAGGCCUCACUCGAUGGCAGGACCUAGAUAUUUUGUGAAUUCACACAGAUGUAUCUAACCAGUUGAAUAGAAAAUUUUUGGUGGAUUAAGCUCCACGGUUUUCAUCUUUGCCAACAUUGACCAGGAGUGAGUACUUUGAAAUGCAGUUUGCCAUUAUUUUUUGUAUUUGGAGUGCUUGCCAUAGAUUAAAAUCUUAUCUUACCUGCAUAAAGUAAUAAUACUGUUAAUAUUUUUUAGGGUUAUUAUAUGACCAGUGAUGUAUUUGGUCAAGCUGGAGAUUUUAUUACUUCACCAGAAAUCAGCCAGGUCUUUGGAGAGGUACUUUUUAUUGGCUGUAAAAUACAUUGGAAUAAAACACAAAUGUAUAUUUUUUUAUCUUUUACCAUGAUCUUUUAGUGAGGGUUAGUAUGGUUGUUGGCAACAAUGAUGGCCAUUUUAACAAAAAAAAAUUUAAUGUUUUGUUUUUCAUUCUCUUCUUCUUGUAAAUUAACUCAUUCAUUAAUUAUGAACUGUUUGUAACAAGCUUGUAGGUGUGUGGUUUGUAAACCAGUGGAUAUUGUCAGGAAAGAAAAAUGUAAAUUUUGUUGAGCUGGGACCUGGCAGAGGCACUCUAGCUUCAGAUAUAUUGAGGGUAAGUUUUGUUUAAUAUUUAGUUGUGUUGAACAAAUUAUGGUCCCAUAGUGGAGGGUUUCUGGAUAAUUUUUGACUGAAAAUUCAACAACAGAAGGACCAGUUAGAGCUCUGGCGGGUGCCAGCUCUUAUUGAAAGCACUGGUUAUCUGCGCUGGAUUCAUAUCCUGCCUGAUAGAAGUUGAAACACCAUGAGGUACUGCAUGUUACAGAAACCAGAGAUGAUUUACAAACAAUUAGAGGCCAUUUUGUCAUUCUAAUUUUGCUAUUAAUGCCUAAUGGUCUGGCUGUGCCCAAAAUUUGCCAUGUUUUUUUCUCUAUCCCUAAUCAUGUUUUUGUUUACUUUUUGUUAAAAUAAGGUAUUUGGCAAGUUUCCAGAACUCCAUAGCAAACUUAGUUUGCAUCUGGUGGAAGUCAGUCCAGUCUUGAGUGAAAUUCAAGAAAAGACUCUCACUGGUGAUCACAAAAAUGACCAGGAAAAACAGUGUGUUGUAACAGAUGACAGAUCUACAGACAGGGAGGUAUGAGGUAGACAUUUAUUCUCCUCCAAUAAUGAGGCAAAGCCUUGAGGAACAUUAAUUUCAGUAUGAAACAGCCAAUUGCCACUGAGCGUGCUGUGACUCAAGUGAAGAUGCUCUUUUAUCUAAAUGAGGUGAAAGAACCCAGUAGCCUACCUUUUAGUGCACUGCAAUCCUAAUUAAAACUUGUGGACUUAAGCUCUAGACAAGUCAUCCUUUUUUUUCCACUGGGAAAGACAUACUACUCUCACAGAGUAUAAAGGAGUACCAAAAUCUUGUAAGGGAGACCAGAUAUAAGGAGUGGCUGGGUUACUUGUUAUGGACAAGCAUUCCAUUCUGAGAUGGUAGUAAUGCUCCCAAUGGCUACUGCAUGCUAUUGAAAGCAGGAUUUCCACAACUUUGUGAAUAAUUUGACUUCUGUUUAAGAUGUAGCUUUAAUAGUGUUCAUUUAAAAAAAGAUAGAUUUUGUGUACUGGUAUUUGUUCAAGUAGCUAACACCUGCUUCCAUAGUCAAUUAUCAAGAUUACAAUUUUCUAAUUUUUAGGGUGGAUCAGAGUUGUACUAUAAAAAGUGUGUCACACAGAAUGGUACCCCAGUGUCAUGGUACAGAGCAAUUCAAGACAUCUCUUAUACUGGAAACUGUUUUUUCAUUGCUCAUGAGUUCUUUGAUGCCCUUCCAGUCCAUCAGUUUCAGGUAACACUUCCUAACAUUGCUAUCAGCAAAGGGGCUUACAGUACAGAGGGUGCAUAGGACACAGGAAUAAGUGUUCCACCCAAGACUUGAUGUCAAUGAUUAUUUAAAGGUUAAAUAAGGAGCUUAAGUUUUGUGGGUUCAAGACCUAGAGCAUGGCUGAAGGAAGCUGAGGAAGUGCAAAGAAUACAGUAGCCUCCAAAGCUGGAAAACUGAAUCAAAGAAAGGUCUUAAAUAACUUUAAAUGUUAAAGUUAUUGCUCUUUAUCAGUUCCUUAAUAAUGUCAAGGCUUUCCAUGAAAUCAUCAAUUUGCAAACUCAUUAAUGAGACAGAUAAUGUUUUUUUUCCAUAAGAAAACAGAUCAGGGCUGGAGAGAAGUUCUUGUGGAUGUUUCACCAGAAAAAGAGUAUGUAGAUUUUGAAGGGCUCAAAUUUCUCCAUUGGCACGUAAUUUUGCUUGAGACCUGUGUGAAAUUUCCUUCCUUAAUAGUAUUAUUUGGAAUUGUAAUAGGUCCUCACAGCUGAGGUUUGUCUUAGCCCCUGCUCCUACCUUAGCCUCACAGACUUUAGUACCUCAAGGCACUUCUGUGAACCAAAUUGAGGUGUGCCCCCAGGGUGGUGCCAUUGUGGAACACAUGAGUGAGGCCAUAGCUGACCAUGGUGGGUGUGCAUUAAUUGUGGAUUAUGGAGAGGAAGGUAGCAGAAGGCACACACUGAGGGUGAGUUGGUGAGGAGUAAGACGUGAUGUUCAAUACUAGAGCAGUGGUGAACCUCUCUUCUGGGACACCUCUAUUUAUGUACUGACAUGCUCUUUGUUAUAAAGGGAUUUUUCCAUCACAGAGGUGUUUUUUACCAGUCCCAGCCAUGUCUCCAUAGGGAAUGUUCCAUUGUAGGUGAAAACAUGUUUAGGCUUGAACCAACUUGUCACGUGUCAAACCGUGGUUGGGCUCAUUGCUUCUUAUUCUUAAUUUUUUUAUACCUUUUUCUUUGUGGGGGGUUGGGGGUGGGGGGAUGGGGGAUGGAUAUUUUCUAGUCCGUCACAUGUUGCCUUCCCACUUUUACUCUCCAUAGUCCUUCAAGAAGCAUGAAUUGCAUGAUGUUUUAGAAGAUCCUGGAAAUGCGGAUGUCACUGCCAAUGUUGACUUCGCGUACCUUAGAAAGGCUACCCAUGGGAAAGGUUGGUGGAAGCUUCAAACUUUUGAUUGCAUAUUAAAAGUCAAGAGAAUAUCAACGCUUGAUAUCCUCUUGAAAAAGUACAUUAUUGUAUCUUAGUCUUUGCCACGGAAGAACUCUUUGAUCAUGCAUAUUGAAGGAAGAUUCUUUCAGAAUAGUCGUGGUAUUUAAUUCGCUCAGUCUUAUUGUGAUAAAAUGGUGAUGAACCAGAGAAGCCAAUAUAAGAGACAUAUUGUAGCAAACAGUGGUUUAUUGAUUUUGAUUUACAAAGAUUUGCACCAAAGUAAUAAACACAAAAAACUUUCAACACAAUUUCAGAAUCUGCAACGUAUCAGUCUUAAUCAAGAGCAUCAUCUGGAAAGAGAAAAGAAAAUGUUAAUUAGUUGUUCGAAUAAUGCGCGCAUUUACUUUUUGAAGCGUUACGUAAAGUUGCGUUAUGUUACUUUGUGUUACGUUAUUUUACUCUGCUGCCAGCUGCAAAUCUAGCACACGGAAAACAGCACAAAAACGAUCAGUUUAUCCCCCAUGAAAUCUCUAAGCAUUAAGCUGUCUCCCAAAUGUAUUGCACUAAUGCUUCAGUGCUUAAAGAUAUUUACAAAAAGUUCGAUUUUCCUUCAUACACAAUGAAGAUCAUUCAAUCUAAUCACCUGCAAACAGGAAUUGAUUCAAAGCAGGCCUGGGGCCGAUGAGAUCUCGCCUUUGGCGCUGUGCUAGUGCCAGGUCCAUCACGGUGCUGUAUGGAGGGAUGUGGUUCAGAGGACCUGUGACAAUGCAAAGAUAUAACAAAAAGUCAACAAAACUUAGGAAAGACUUCAAAAGAAUGUCUGCGCAUUGAACACGGCGCAUUCUUCUUUAACGAGAUUUUGGGUAAAAUCAGGUGCUUUCGAACACUACCUUUACAAUUUCACGCUUUGCAAGUAGUUGAACUCAGAAUAAUAUUCACCCGACAACAGAGAUAAAUUCAGGCAAGGCCUGGGGCCAAACCAGUUUCGCCUAUGGCGCUGUAGCCGGGUUCUGAGGACCUUCGACAGACGAUUACGGACAAUAAAUUUCUACUUUAUCUGUGUAUUGCACUCGAUACAGGAGGAAGGUUUGUUAAAGUUGGAGGAUUAUUGUUUCUCUCUGGUUUCAUUUUUUUUUAUGAUGUACCUGGUAACCUUUUCACUUCCCCCUCGAACCCGGACUCUCAAGAUGUUAGGAGCGGCUCAGAUUUUUCUUCAUUUCUCACCUGCUAGCGUAAAUGGAGACAGUGGUGACCUGGGUCCAAUAAAAUCCCGUCUUUGUCGCUUUACAAGCAACAGGUUGAUCAAACCGUAGACAUGGGACACAGGCUUGUUACUCAUGCUGAGGGGUUUGAACAGCGUGAAGCUGACAUGGGCACGGUUUGAUUCAUCUUGAGGACAGAUCUGGGGAUGAGAUACUGUUGCUGGCUUUGACUCAGGAAUUUGUUUAGCUGGUUCGUUGUCGAGCUGACUGACAAUUUCACAGCAGAACUGGCGACUGCUAUCGAUGUAAGAUAGUUCAGGAGCGAGACAAACACUGCGUCCCAUCUUCUCCGCUUUCGCCGACCAACCAGGAGAGUAACGAAUCCUGUUUAUAGAGAGAAUUGUUAGUUUGCUUGUUGACUCCCCGAAGUCUGUUUCUCACAUCUUGCGUCCAGUUGCCAUACUUUCCUUUGUAAGUUAGUAAAGAAAAUUUGGUACUGCGUCAAGAUAAUACUCUUAGCUGAUAGGUUAUCCUUAAUAUCUCAUCAUUUUCUUGCUUGCUAGAUAAGUAAUUGAUUUCGUAAGAACAGGUUACAUUUAAGUUUCAGCUUUGUGUGGAGUGGUCUUUCCGUGCCACGCCAUGUCUUUAGCACCAGCGUCAUGUUUGGUUCUAUUUUGACAGAAAUAAGGAUCAAGUAGCUAGAGAGGCGUCGGACACAAAGUUCAGCCACAAAGACAAAUUUUCUACAGGUUACAAAGACAAAUUUUCUAUAGGUUACAAAGACGAAUUUGCCAUAAACUUACUUGCACUGCUUAUAAAAUUCGAAGCAGUACUGGAGAAAAAGAUAAAAGUACCACAGAAAAAAUAACCAAACGCCGAUGUUAAAAGCUCGAAUGGAGAUGGGAGGUGUGAUACCUGCAAAAGAACAAACGCAAUGGCGAUUAAUUUACUUCUGGCAACUUCAAGUUGAUGACCAAUCAUCAUUCGCUAUAUGAAUCGAAGCAUUUAACUUCCGCUGAGUUGCAGUGAAACAGCUUCUUUGGCGAAUAAAUCGUUAUCUCAGCUCUGAAGUCUCUUCAGAAAUUCGUAGAGAAUAUUAAAGAAUCAAGAAAGAUUGUAAAUGUUUCCAUCGCACUCGUUUAUGUUUCAUGCAUCCUCAUUCCCAGACUUCUUUCUCAUCCGGCGGCGGGAAAAGGGUUACCGAAAUAGCGCGCGCGCUCGAGCAACUGUCUCGGAUUAUGACGUUUUUGUUUUUUUCACAGCCACACAAACCUUUUGCUUUUGAGUAAAAAUACUUUCUAAUACCCAUUUUCAUGAAGAAGUUGCUGACAUAUGCACACUGAACAGAAAUACUCAAAGCAAACUCUCGGGCCAAGUUUGUGUACAGAAUAUAAAAUAAAGAAAAUAUUUCCGUUUCGAGAAAGAAAGCUAGGAAGAUGGCUUCAAAUGUAUGCAGUACUCACCUUUUGCCUUGUAGGCUUGCACUGUUACCGCAUGGUUAUUCAUUAGCAGACAUAUCGGGUAGGAAAACACAAGUACAAAGCAAACGACAGCUUUGUACAACAUUGUGACAAUUGUACCACGAAAACUCCUCGUUUAAAAGCUUUUUACCCCGCAGCCUUCAAAAACACUGUUAUAGCAAAAGUGAUGUCUUCGUGUUUGAGGACUUUCCGCGCACACUGGACGUAACAAUAAGGCUGAAUUCUUCACGCGCGCGCCGUGAUUUGAUUGGUUAGCACUCAAUUUCCAACGAAAGAGUUGGGGACUGGGCGCUACAAGAAUUCCAAUGAUAUGGAAAAUUGUGAUGAAAAUCUUGGUGCCUUUGGCGCGAUUUUUUUUCAAUUUUAAGAAGUCGCGCAAAUUCAGACCAUUUUGAAUUCGCACGCAUUUUGGUAGGAAGGAGACGAGUCUGGGUUUUGAAUUGAUGCACCAAGGAGUGAUUCGUCGUCUUAUUUGAAAACUCGUUUUUUUUCGGGCAAUACCUUCGUUCGUGUUUUAUACUUAGAAGUAGUGAAGAUCUGUUAAAUUUAUAAAGCAUAUCCCAUUGCCGCAUCUGUCGCGCUGAUUACUUCAUUCCAGUGUGCGUUACACGCAGCUAAAUAGAGUCUUCUUGCUACGACCGGAGCAAUGCUGUUAGUAUGAAGAUGUAUUGUAUCCAAAAGUGCGCUGAAGUGUUUGAGAUUAGGAUUGGCGUUAAGGUUAGGCAAAGUUUUGUGGAAAUUUGAACUCUGUAACUUCUAGGAUUUUGUUUAUAAUAACUCAGAUAAUUUAGUGUUCUCUUAUUGAAAAGCUUUUCAAAGAAUGUCGAAAGUAGUCCAGGAUUACUUUGGUUUUGCUUCACUUCGUUCUGUGAUUGGUCCGGAAAACGGGCUUGCACCUCUUUCUCAACCAAUCAGUUUACAAACCAAUUGCGACUUGGCCACUCGCGUUUUCGCGCCCUUCCAGUUUUCGCUAUAAGUUGUUAUUGGUUCCUGGUAAUGUCUCCCUUUGUCCUGAUUGGCUGUUUUGAUUAGCCAUGUUUCGCUUUUCAUCACUCAAUCGAAAACCGCUCCAUCAAGACAACACUGCCUGGCAGAUACUACUUCGCUGAGUAUUGUAUCGAUGUCGUUAGGAGAGGUCUCGUUUCACUCAUCUCAACAGGUUAGCAGGCCAGGAACGAACUUGCGUAGAAAAAAUUUUGAGAAAAUUGCCAAAUACAACAGGCCUAAGAAAGUAAUAUGCGUACUAAAUAUAAAAUACUGUUAUGUUAUUGUCCGCCGAACAUCUUUCACCAAUGCGUUUGCUUUUUCUCAUCUGACAGUUCAAACAUUUGGGCCGGUCACGCAAAGUUCCUUUCUUCAACAAAUGGGAAUUGAUAUGAGAAUGGAAGUAAGUAAUAAUGUAGGCUAUCUCGCCCUGACUCCCCCCAAUUUUCCACCAGGAGAUAUGAAGUACCUCCCUGCUAAAAAAUGUUGAAAUAAAGAAAUCUGCAAUAAUUGAAGUUUUUAUUUGAAUUUCAUGUGUACUUCCAGCCUCUCAAGAGAGAAACAAACAAAAAAAAAGAAAUUUUGCGGGAAAUCCCAGCGCCAUAAAACUAUUUUGCAUUCACUUUGAAAUAUCUCUAACAUGGUAACUAAAGCUCUGUACAUUCUUCUUAUCUUGAUUAAAUCUAUUAAGUUCUUCGUUUUUAUAUUUUGUCUUUCAGGUCCUUCUGCAAAAUGCCAGCUCUUCACAGGCUGAGCAGCUUCAAAGCGGUUACAAACUGCUAACAAGCUCGUCAGAGAUGGGAGAAAAAUUCAAGUUCUUUAGCCUUGUUCAACAUGGACUCCCAGAACCAGCUGCUUUCAGAUGACAUCAGCUGCUAGUCGUAAAGCACGAUUCAGCUCAGUGACAGUGACUUGCGCACUGCUCUGCGAUGUGACGCGUUGUAGUUGUCACAGGGCACGAGACUUUUAUAGUCCCUCUAGAACCAAUGACAUCUUCCCGUGAAAAUUGAAUGCAGUGAAAUACUAUCUGAUACGUGUAUCAUUCACGCU